AUGGGUGAUCUAACAGAUUUAGUUGCUAGAAGGGGUGUAAUUAAAGGUCAAUUAAGCCGGUUUGAAACAUUUAUAAAUAAUAUAAGGGAUAAUGAAUUGCAAUUCAUAGAAUUACGUCUUCGGAAAUCGAAAUGUGAAGAAAAUUGGGAUAAAUUUGCAGACAUUCAGUCAAAAAUUGAAAUAUUAGACAGUUCAGGGAAACAAUUAGAUGAAAGGGUUAGUUUCGAAGAUAAUUAUAUUAGGAUUAUUGCGUUAGCUGAGGGUAAAUUACAAAAUUCAUACGAUGGUUCUAAAAAUGCGGGUAUUAGCAAAAACACGGAAAAUCGGGCUCCAUCGGAAAGAGGAGCAUUAUUAAAACAUACGAAUAAUCGGGCUCCAACGGAAAGAGGAGCAUUGGUAAAAAAUAGGGACAAUCGGGCUCAAACGGAAAGGCGGAAUCAUAGGGUAGAAGGCUGUACUAUGCCAGGUUGCAGUGCUUGUGGUAGAAAUCAUAAUGUUCUGUUACAUAUUUCAGGGAAUUUCGGUAGAAAUAUUUCGGAUUCGGUAAAUACAAAUGUGGCUAGUCGCGGGACACCACAAACGGAUAAUAAUACGGCGCCUGUUUUUUCGGGAACAGGUUACGAAAUACGGUUUACGGGAAAUACGGUUACGGAAAAUACGGUUACGGAAAAUACGGUUACGGAAAAUGAGGUUACGGAACAUACGACUGCAGGAAAUGCGGUUACGGGAAAUGUGGAUACGGGAACCCGGGUUAAUAAUAAUAAUACGGCAAAUAAUACGGUAAAUCGGAUUAACUCGGGUAAUAAUAAUGAUAGGGAAGACACUGCUAAAACGGCACAUAAUACGGGAAAUCAGGUUAAUAAUAACAACACGGCAAAUAAUACGGCAAAUCGGAUUAAUUCGGGUAAUAACAAUAAUAGGGAAAGCACUGUUAACACAGCGGAUAAUUUGGGAAAUAAUUAUAAUGAAAAUUCGAAGGCUCAAGGGAAUACAGAAGGUACGCGGACUUGUGAACAGGAUAUUGUUCACAGUUACAAAUCGGUGAGGAUAUCGGAAAAUACGGAUUCAAGGGAGAUUUUAUUAUCUACGGAACAGUUACAAAUAAUGGAAAAAUCGGGAAAAUUAAGUGACUGUAAAGCAUUAUUAGACGGUGCUUCAAAAUCAAACUUUAUGACUAAAGAAUUAUGGGAAAAGACAGGACUAAAGUCCUUUAAAGUAAAUAUACCGGUAAAAGGGAUAGAAAUCACGAUUGCUACAAGAAAAGAUGAGGUGUACAAGAGAGGCUUUCUAUCGGUCGUAGCUCAAGUAUUCGAUCCACUGGACCUAGGUAGUCCAGUGAUGAUAAGGGAAAAAUUAAUAGUACAAGCAUUAUGGCAGAUGAAAUUGGGAUGGGAUGAAUCAUUACCUCAGGAACUUCACUCGUCCUGGAGCAGACAUGCGGGACAUUCGGCUGAAAAUUUUCCAACUGUUUCGGAAACCCAAACAUCUCAAAUACAAAAUGCUGCUCAAACUACUUCAACUGAUCCAAUAAACAAUGAAUACAUUCUAACUGCUUCAACCGCUCCAACUACCUCAACUGAUCAAAUAAACAAUAAAUACCUUCCCCGAACGCAAACUGUAUCUUCGUUUACUCCUACAAUAUCGACUAAACCCAAUAUUCAUAUUUUACCCGCUACUCAUGCUACACAAAGUACUGACACCCAACAAAUAUCACACGAUCCUUCAAACAAACGAACUAUUUCUGAAAUUAUAAGCCCUCCCCCAAAUGAUACUCCAGAAAAUAGCUCCUUUCCUGCUCCAAAAUUAAAAAAGCCAAAGUCCUCAAUCACAUAUGCAAGAUCAAUUCAAGUAAUGGAAGAUAUAAAAAAUUCAGCUAGACUAAUAUAUGACGAUACUUCAGUUACACAUUCAAUAUCUUAUGAAACAUUCGUAGAUAUAUUGGAAAAUGUUCAUGGUACUCCUGACCCAAUAAGCUUAAUAAAAACUUAUAUAAACGAUCUCGAAAGCCUAUUAAAUCUUUUAAGUAAACUACACGAAAAUUUACCAAAUAAGAAAUCAAAAGCUAAAUUCACCAGACUUCGAAACAAAAUACUUAAAUUCAUACAACCAGACACAAACACCGAAUUAGAAAAUGAAUUUGAAAAAGAUUUUUACAAGACAUUCUAG